AUUAUAUCUCUUCAACUUCUCUUCCUUUAUUUUCUGCAACGCAGCAUUUUUAAUUUUUAAUCACGUUUUUAGUCAUAUCGCUCGCAUUAAUAGCGGCAAGAAAUAUUUAGAGAGACGCGACUUUGUACAUAAUUAAAUAACGAAAGACACGCGAAAGCGCUGCCGUCGUUGACCUUCCUUGAUAAUUAAGACACCGGUAAGUGGCGUUAACGCAACGUAGAAUACCGCAGCUGUACCCUAAUUCCGUGCUGCGUUAGCAGCACUCGUCAGCGUCAUUUAUCGCUGAGAGAUGACGACGGCAGCAAGCUCGAGUAGUUCCGUAACGUUUCACAAGCCACGUCGAUUCGCUUUCUUCCUCGAUAACUGAAGAUACCAACAUAUACCUCGUUAACACGUUACAGAAAUACCGUCAGAAAUCGCUUUUGGUACUUGGCCAAUACGCGAGAUUCUCAUCGGCGCGACUUUUUCUACGUUUACCGAGCUAAAGCCAAAUGAAGAAGAGGAGGAACACGGCCGUCCGAACCUGGCCGGCCGCGCGGCAAUGCACCCGCAGUGAAAUUUGCCGCGACGGUCCGCGUGGACCGCGGAUGCACCAGGUGACCCGGUGGCUCGCACGGUUCGAGACAGUGUCGCAGCCCGCCGAAUACCGGAGACUGCUAUAAAUAAUCCGAUGUCCGCCCCGGUCGCGCUUGCGAUGGGCGGCCGAGGGUACUGAAGGGAGUCGCCUAGGAGCCGCUGCAGUGGGCUGCUCUAGCCGGCCGCUCAGCCUCCUUUUCUCUACUCUGUCUCUCCCCUUAAUCCGUCUCUCUCUUCCUCUUUCUGUCUCUCCCUCUUCCCUUCGAUCUGGAGGGCGAAGAGAGUAUUUCGUGAACGACGUCUCGGGAGGAACGACGAAACGUCGUCGUCGUCGUCGUCGACGUCGUCGUCAUCGUCGUCGUUCCGUGAUCUUGUUCAGGUAGGCAGAUAGAGGAAGAGGAGACUGGAGGUGGAUUUAGUGCCGGACCUCCGUGUGCGGCCGCGGCGUUUCUCCGGGGGUGGGGAUGGAGCCGGAGCAACGAGGACGCGCUUCGCGGGCGUCGUCGACGUCGAGCCUCGGACGCGAGGUCCGUUGCGGGUGUCAGUACUACCAGAGCGACUCGCUUCUGCCGGAACGACGUGCUCUCCUCGUCAGACCGUCAUCCAGGACGAUGCAGCAGCCACCUGCGGUCCGCUGCAGCGAGCACGAUUACGAACCGAUCGCGCCGCCGCCGUCGCUGCCGCAUCCGGCGAUGGCACCGGUCGUGCGAAUCACCGACACGGACGUGAUGCCCGUCGCCGACAGCGACGACAGCAUCGACGACCGGGGCCGGCUGCCGCCGGAGCUGCUCCUGGACGGCGACGUGAUCCUGCCGCUGGAUGGCAAAAUCGAGGACAGCGCGAUGGAGGGCCGCGAGCUCGGCGAGACCGGCGGCGAGACUUCCGAGGAACACGAACCCACGGCGCAGCAGUUUCAGGACAGGCUCGAGGAGCGAUUCCUCGCACCCACUCCCUACACGGAGUCCAGAACCGACGGCGAGAUCAACACUAGUCAGGUAGACUCGUCGGCGAUGGAGGAGCUGCCACUUCGGCGCGGCGCUCGCGGCCUACCUCAACGACUGAAGACACAAGCUGGCAAGCUGCGCUCUCGGCUCCGUGGUUUCCAGCGGCCCACGUUCUCGUUCCCGCAGAAACGGCAAAAACCCGAAAAAGCAACGACGACAACGACGACGACGACGAUAACGACGGUGAGAUCGGCGGCGGCGAGCAGCGGCAAGUCGGACAAGUCCCGCAAGUCCGAAAAGAAGCGGCCUAGCAGAAUCGACCGCAUAAGAACGUCCAUCUCCGAGAAGACGGGAAAAUUCAGUCUGCCCGACAGGUCCAAAUUUCACCUGCCGGAGAGACCGAAGUUCAGUUUCCCGGACAAGUCGCGCUUCCAUUUGCCGGACAAGUCAAAAUUCACCAUCAAGAAGCCCAACAUCCGCCUGCCCGACGCGCUCGCUCGCGUUAGGCGGCCGCCUUCUAUGCGCGAGCAGCAGAAGCAGCAUUCGACAGAGUCCACUGCCGGCUCUAAACGCAAUAUCUUCGAUUUCGCCACGUAUCCGCGUAUUUUCGACAAGAAGUCCAGGAAGCGCGGCGAGUACGCGACGUCCUCGCCCAAGGACUCUAGAGCCCAGUCAGCGGAGAGCGCGACCUUUCCUCGCGCUCGGAAGGCAAAGUCCUUCGGCGCCAGGUGGACGCAACGUUUCGGUGACUCGGCUUACGUUCAGGAUCAGGAUCGUCCGGAGGAAGCGGCGGGGAGCGGCGGCUCUCCUCCGUGGCAUCAGAGUUCCAUGGAGGAACCGCCGAGAUUGUCCGCUAGAACGGAGGAGGAGAUAUUGGCGGCGGCUCGCGCGAUUCCGUGGGAGGAAACGAGAAAACGAGUGCAAUAUGACGAGGAGGAGAUAGAGUACAUGGACUACGAGCAGGAAUCGUCAGAGAUGUCGGAUCGACAUCCCGCUCCUCCGAAAAGAUCCCACAAGUCGCGAAGGCGGGAAGUGUCGUACGAACCUGAGGAAGUGAUAGAUCCAAAAUUAUAUGACAAUCAAGGAAUAAAACACGUUCAUCGAGAUGAGGAGAACGAGGAUGCGGCAAUGCAAGAUGAUUGGCAUGCGGAUCAGCAGAUGAUGCAGCAAGAGAAAUUCAAACCAAUCCCGAGAUCGCGAUCGUUGGAGGAAGACAUGGCACGAAUUCUGGAGCAAGAAAGAUACGAGGGAGCGUUCAUGGCGGUGGAUCCGAUUCUAUUUGAACUGCGCAAGGUGCCGUCCGAUGAGGAGGAAGGCGAAGAGGAACCCGAACCUUCCUCGAUACAAUCCGAUCGGGAGCAACAAGCGUCCAGCGGUAGUUCCUGCGAUCGAAGGCGUCGCGGAGUGAUAGAGGAGAUCGACUCGGACGAGUUCUUUCUGCGGGCGAGCGGUAUCAGCCAGGAUGACAUGAAUCUAGGCAAUUACUUGACCGACGAAAUCCGAGAUGCUCUCAGGACAGAAGUCGUCAGCGCGUUGCAAGAUGACGAGCUUCCACCUACCCCGCCUCAACGUCCUAUGAGAACGCGGACUUUGAAAAAGCAGAAGGAAGAUUUAGAGGAGUCCAACGAAGCGGUACCACCGGUCAGACCAAAACGGGAACGAUCGGCGGCGGCGCGACACAGUCGAGAGGCAUCGAUCACGGACGAGAGGUUCCGCGAGCGCACCAGGAGUGACUCCAGAAGCGACUCCAGACACCGCGUGGUAUAUCAGGCGGAGGGCGAUCAACCGGAACCAUUGCAGGAGCCAUUGGACGACAUAGUCGUGGUGAAACCGGUGCGCAGAAAAUCGAGGUCGUCCUUGCGCAGUCACUCGCAGCCGCCGAUGGAGACGUCGAUACUCUCCCCUUCGACGCCCGUCACUAUUGUACCCGAUUCGUCCGCUGCUCCCUCAACCAUGCCACCGGUCGUGCCGACACGCAGAAAGCGUUCGCACCGGGAAACGGUGGUGGACCGAAGAAACGGUGACGUGGGCGCACCGAUUUGCAAUGGUCAUCGCGACGAGUGGGAGAUCGAGAUCGAGUCCAGGAAGCCGGCGAUUCCGGCGAGAUCGUCGCGAUCACGACAAUCGCUAGACGAGCGAUUCGCCAACGGCGACGUUGUCAUGUCUGCGAGUCACGAGGACAUCGAGGAUUUGGACGCGCGGCUUCGACGGCAAGACGUCGCGCCGGAACCGGUACCGAUACCACCGAAACGACGAUCCCGCUCGAGAACGACGUCGGUCGCCGCCGACGAGGACAGGACGUCGCACGGCGCGGAAUCCCUGCCGGAGGCCGGUUACAUCGAGGAGGACAUCCCGCAAGAGGACGAGAACAGUUCGGCGCGAGAUCUCUCGGGUUACGCGAUCGUGGAGAAGCGGGAGAGGCCGCCUAGACCACCGCCGCCCAGAAGAAAACGCGACAAAUUCGCCACGACGCCGAGACCGACGCCGCCUAAGCGACCCCAACGAGCGUACAGCACCCUGGGGCCCACUAGAACGAGGGACACCAGCAUGACGUCGGAGACGAUCAUCAGCAUGACUCUACUAUCAGCUGAAUCCGUGCCGUACAUCGAAGUCGGCGCGGACGAGAUGGAACAUCGGGACCUCCGUAAUGGCGAAUUGGUUAACAAGAUACAAGGCCGCCCGCUUCCGGCGCCGCCGCGGCCACCCAGGGCGAGGAAGGAGCACGCGGUCGGACGACCUCGCACCCCGUUCGAAUACGCGGAGGCAAUGGAGGUGACGGCGGCGACGCAGACCGAUCCAUUGCCGGAUGAUAUGGUGAUCGAGGAGAUCACCCAGGCGAAGCUCAUAAUGACACCCUCCAGAUCGGGCUCGCAGAUAAUGGUAUCGAUGGAUCGUAUACCUAGUCCAAGCAGAACGACUACACCUCCCGUACCUCCGCUACCGAUGCCACAGUUUCUGCGAAAAGAGGAAGAGGAAGAGGAAGAAGAAGAAAAAGAGGACGAGCGGCUGUCAGGAGAAGAGGACAUCCGAAUAGCAUAUGACACGGUGUCGCUAACAUCGCCGUCGCCUACAAGAGAGAUCGAUCUGAAGAACAAGCACAGAUCGGCACCGCAUCUGGAGGAACGCGUCACGGAAGAAUCGCAAUCGCGGCCUCAAGUCAGGACGGGUCUAUUAUCCGACGAGCCGCUGAGAAUCGGCAGUCUCGAGGUCGGAGAUUUAAAGGUCGAUCGACUGAGUGUGUCGCAGAUAGAAGCGCACAAAAUCGUGGCGUCUGAGGUGGACGCGAUGAUGAUUACGGCGUCGGAAUUGAGAGGCGGCGAUUCCAUGGAGGACAGUUUUUCGCCGGCCAUUAUCAGAGAACUGAUGGCGAUCAGAAGCCACUUGGAGACCGUGAUGACUACCCAGGCACAAGAGAGACAUCGCGAAAGCGAGAAGGAAUCCGCGAGCCACGCGACAACCGACAUUCCCACCACGGAGGACAGUCAAGUUCAGGAGCGGCAAUCUGCUUCGCAAGAUGUUUCGCCGGAAGCGGCGAGGCCCAGCGAGACUGUCGGACCAGCGUCGACGGAAGAUGAGAAGACCGAGGCUGGCGAGGACCAAAAGGUUGUUAAAACAAACGUAGUAGAUGUCAGGGACAAAGAGAUAUCACACCCCCUCUCAAUUGCUCAAACCAAAGAAUCCCCUCCCCCACAGACAUUUACGAUAGAUGAAUUAGAGUCCAAGGAUAAAGAAUCUACCACACAUUUGCUCACGGUCGCUCAAGAUAAGUCCUUACGAAUUUUAGAUUCCGAACAUCCCCUAACUUUGAGUUCGCGAACCACGUCGGGCUCCCACGUGGAUGAAUCUCGUGCCUCAUAUCCUCGGUCGGAUGCGUCUUCAACCCGAUCCUCCGAAUCGAGAGAGACGCCGGAACGCGUUGGCGAACCUCCAAGUAUCUCUGUCCAGACUACUACUACUAUUAUUACUACCACUACUUCUACUUCUACUACUACUUCUACUUCUACUGCUACUGCUACUGCUACUGCUACUUCUACUUCUACUACCGAGCUGGGCGCAACGGGUCUUCGUGGCAGCAAGGACGAUGUGUCCGAUAGUAAAGAACAGACCCCUCGCAAGUCAAGAUCUAGAUCCUCCUCGCCUGGCAGAGGGUUCGCGCGGCAAACCGCGUCUCCGGUCCGUUCAUUGCCACCAGCCAUUUCCGUGACUCCUGAUACCCCCGAUUCGACCGUAUCAGGACACGGCGGUACCUCUACGGACGCUAAACCGCAGCGUGCCGUCAUUUCCUAUUCUUCGGACGCGAAACAGAGUGUCCCUAAAGACAGUCAUCAACCACAGCGCGCCGUUAUUUCCCACUCUUCUGACACAGGACAAUCCCUUACGGAAAAGCAAAGGGGGUCCUCUCAAUCGCCGGUAUCCUCCUUUCCCUUAAGCUCGACUCACUUCAUCGCCUUUCCAGCUUCCGAAAUUCCAGCUCAGUUCUUUUCUCUGAGUGAAACGCCAACGAGUCAACGCUCUGAUACAGAACCUGGUGUUAUAGACACUACGCGGCAGCUUCUCCGAGCACUCCGAUUAGUCGGUUUGAAAGCCAUGAGGUAUUUCAUAGGGUAUUUAACGUCUGCGUUAUGUAUGGACGACACGAGAGAGAAGAUCAGAGAUGUGGAAUUAGCAAUAUGCGCCUUGUUACUUCUGAUCGCAGGCUUGUUGAUAUAUUAUUUCAGUAGCACACGGACUGUGACACAUCAUCAUCAUUGGGAUUACUUUAAUCCCCCUCAAUAGCACUUCUACAAUCCGAUUUGUCAACAUCGUGUAUACAAAUUGGUAAAUAGUUCAUUGGUUCGUAGAAAUUAAAAUUUUAUAUUUUUAAUUGUAUAAAUUUUUAUAUAAGAAUUUUAUCUCGAAGAAAAUAUACAGACUAGGACACGACAAAGUAAGGAAUUUGAAUGGAAUUAUAGUUCUUGUACACGUAGAAUAAAACGAAGUGCCAGGUUUGUAAGAAACAAAUUGUAAUUAUAUUGCUAAUAUAUGCCAAAUAUACAAUUAUAAACUUUAA